ACUUUUUUUUCCUAUCCCUCCUUCUACUACUAGCAUUCUCCAUUAUUCAAGUAUCAUCACUGCAUCAAAACGUGCUUCUAAACUUUCUUUACAUUUUCUCUCAGAAAGAGUCAUUCAUGGACGGAAUAGAACACAGAACAGUUGAAGUAAAUGGAAUCAAAAUGCAUAUCGCUGAGAAAGGAAAAGAAGGACCGGUUGUUUUGUUCCUUCACGGCUUCCCUGAACUCUGGUACUCAUGGCGCCACCAGAUUGCUGCUCUCGGCUCACUCGGUUACCGUGCGGUGGCUCCGGAUCUCCGUGGCUACGGGGACACCGAAGUCCCUGCUUCAAUAAGUAGUUACACGGGGUUUCAUAUAGUAGGUGACAUCGUUGCUCUCAUCGAUUCACUCGGUGUUGAACAAGUGUUCCUUGUAGGUCAUGACAUGGGUGCAAUCAUUGGUUGGUAUCUAUGCAUGUUUCGCCCCGAAAGAAUCAAAGCCUAUGUGUGUCUCAGUGUUCCCUUCCUCCGUAGAAACCCCAAAAUCAAGACAGUUGAUGCUAUGCGUGCUGUUUACGGUGACGAUUAUUAUAUCUGCAGAUUUCAGGAACCAGGUAAAAUGGAAUCUGAGAUGGCUGAAGUUGGUACUGCAUAUGUGCUGAAAAAUAUCCUCACAACACGGAAAACUGGUCCUCCAAUAUUCCCAAAGGGAGAAUAUGGAACCGGAUUCAACCCGGAUACCCCUGAUACUCUACCCUCUUGGCUCACAGAAGAUGAUCUUGCUUAUUAUGUCUCCAAAUUUGAGAAAACGGGCUUCACUGGAGGAUUAAACUAUUAUAGAAACUUUAAUUUAAAUUGGGAACUCACGGCACCAUGGAGUGGAGUCCAGAUCAAGGUGCCGGUGAAAUUCAUUACAGGUGAGUUAGACAUGAUAUACACCUCGUUUAACACGAAGGAGUAUAUACAUGGGGGAGGUUUCAAGGAAGAUGUGCCCAAUUUGAAGGAAGUGAUUGUGCAGAAAGGUGUGGCUCACUUCAAUAACGAGGAAGCAGUAGAGGAGAUCAGUAAUCACAUCUAUGAAUUUAUCAAGAAGUUCUGAGAAGAUAUGUGAAUGAAAUAAUCAUGCCGCUAAGCCUAUCUCUUGAUUCUUAGUAGUUGCAUGUGUGUUUGCUUAAAAUAAUUGUUCACCUGUACUCUAUCGACAAGAUACUGGAUCUACCUUUCUAGUUUAAAAUAGAUCUCCCACGGGGUCACUAAAAUAUUUUGUCUAUAUACUGGUAAAGUAAUAAUGCAGGACAUAUAUGACACUACCAGAUAUUUAGUUUUAA